AUGUCGAAUGAAAUUGUCAAGACCGAUCUCUUGAUCGUCGGAGCUGGCCCCGCCGGCGCAGCCCUGGCCUGUUUUCUCGCCUCUUAUGGGUUGACGGGGAUAAUGAUCUCGGCGGCGCUGGGGACCGCCGACACCCCUAGAGCGCACGUAACCAACAUGGCCGCCCUCGAGUGUCUUAGAGACAUUGACCUCGAGAAGCAAUGCAUCGAAGCCGGAGCUAGUGGAGACCACAUGAUCCAUACGAGAUGGUGUCAUUCGAUGGCCGGGGAGGAAUAUGCUCGUCUCUACUCCUUCGGGAAUGAUCCGAAGCGCAAGGCCGAUUACGAUGCCGCCAGCCCCUGCGAUCACAUUGACCUCCCGCAAACUCUACUCGAACCGAUCCUGACGCGGAGAGCCGUGGCCAAAGGAUGGACACUGCGGUUCAACACAACCUUUCUCACCUUCGCCCGCCCCUCGGACGAAAGAGAUGUCAUCAUCAGCACGAUUCGGGACGACCUGUCGAACCAAACCUACAAGAUCCAGUCCCGCUUCCUCUUUGGUUGCGAUGGCGCACGAAGCCAAGUUAUCCGCGAGCUCGGUAUUCCCCUCAUCAGGAAACCGGGUCAGGGGCAGGCGCUCAAUGUGUUGGUCAAGGCCGAUUUGUCCCACCUUGUGAAAAGCCGCGCGGGCAACCUCCACUGGGUGUUCCAACCUGAAAAAGAGCUCCCCGUAUGGGGUUGGUCAUGCGUCUUGCGGAUGGUACGGCCGUGGACUGAGUGGAUGUUCGUCUUCAUGCCGCGCCCCGGAGGUGAUCUCACGGGCGAUGACAUGAAUGCCUCACAUGAACAGUAUCUCUCCAGGCUGAAGGAAGUGAUCGGCGACGACUCGGUGGAUGUAGAGAUCCUGCACGUCAGCAAGUGGAAGAUCAACGAGAUCGUGGCCGAGUACUAUUCGGACGGCAAUAUCUUCUGCUUAGGCGACGCCGUUCAUCGCCAUCCGCCCUUCAACGGCUUAGGCUCCAACACGUGCAUCCAAGACGCCUUUAAUCUGGCAUGGAAGGUAUCAUAUGUCAUGUCCGGGCGCGCCGGGCCGCAGCUCCUCGACAGCUAUAGCGCGGAGCGCCAGCCGGUCGGUUUCGACAUCAUCACGCGGGCCAACCAAGGCCUGCGUGAUCAUAUACCGUGGAUGCAGGCCAUCGGCAUGACGGAAGUCGAGGUAGACAAGAGGAGAGGGCUACUCGCCGAGUUCGAUGAUAAGGGUGUGGUUGGGCGGAAAAGGAGGCAGGAGUUCCGCGAGGGCAUUGAGAAGACGCGGACUGAGUUCCACGGUCUGGGCAUCGAAAUGAACCAGCAGUACCGCUCCGGUGCCGUCUACCUUGACGACGAGCCCGAAGCCCCGCCGCUCCCGCAUGAAGUUGUCCUUGAACGACUAAUUAGCACCUACCCUGGCAUGAGGCUGCCACAUGCAUGGCUCAACACCCGGGUGCCGGGUCAACAGUUCUCUACCAUCGACCUUGCUGGCCAUGGGGGGUACUGUUUGAUCACAGGACCGGGUGGGAAUUCCUGGAAGGGGGCCGCGGAACAGGUUUCCAAAGCGGUAAACGUCCCGAUCAAGAGCUAUUCCAUUGGAUGGAACGAAGACUAUGAAGACGUGUACUUUGACUGGGAGAAGCGGAGGGAAGUCGAGGAGGAUGGGUGCGUGCUUGUCCGGCCGGACCGCUUCGUUGCCUGGCGCUCGAAGUCGUUGAGCAAGGACCCCAAGGGCAAGUUGGAAACGGUCAUGAGGAAAGUUCUGUCUCUGUGA